GUUAUAAACAUGGCGGCAGUUUAAAUGGACAUCCUUUGGUUAGUGCAUGAUUUGAGAGAAACAGUUUAUGUUGGAAUAAAAUAUUUUUUCUCUCCGCUGGAUGCGUUGACUGACCGGUACGACAUUAGACUAUCUUGCAAGUGCAAUUUCUCAAGACACCACCAAUACUGUCACUCUUCUAUGGCACAAUACCACAAGUGCGUGAAAUGCGCGAAGAUAUUUUCAAGACCAUCUGAACUGGCCAGGCAUAUCAGGGUUCAUACUGGGGAUAAACCUUACAAGUGUAAUAGGUGCCCGAAAACUUUCUCUCAGCCUGGAAAUUUAACCGUGCACAAAAGAGCAUGUCACUCCGAGAAAAGACCCUUUAAAUGUGGGAAGUGUCACGCUCGAUUCAAGAGAAAGUUUGACCUGGUUUCUCACGAAACUAUACAUACUGGCGAAAAACCUUUUGUGUGCAGUGAAUGCGGGGAUGCGUUUUCUCGAAAAUAUCAUUUAACACGGCACAUGAGAAUACACACUGGAGUUAAACCGUAUAAAUGUGGCAAAUGUGGUCGAAAAUUUAGCACAGAUAGCGGCUUGAGGAAUCAUGAAAUAACCCAUACUACUAAAAGGCCAUUCUCUUGUAAGAUCUGUGGUAAAACCUAUACACAAUUAAGUGGAUUAAAAAAGCACCAUUUGAUUGUGCACACUGGAGGAAUCUUGUUUGAUGCCAUUGGCCGUGGAGUUUUGAGAAAAAAGUCUGCUUCUUCUGGAAUUAAAACUGGGAAUAAAGAUGGGAAACACACUGGGGAAUCUUGUUUGAUGCCAUUGGCCGUGGAGUUUUGAGAAAAAGUCUGCUUCUUCUGGGAAUAAAGAUGGGAAAUUGCUUGAUUGCAAAGUACAUAUCCAUAGAGUUAACUUUAAACAUCUUCAAAAAAUGUCAACAUUUACAAUGGUAGUGAAAGUUGUUAAGGAGUCUGUGUGUCAUGUUACUGAUAGUUCUUGUCAGGUGGCCAGGCCCCUUCCAAAGAAUAGUUCUAUAAAUGCAAAAUCGCUAGAUUCCACUGUGCAAGUUGCAUUGACAAGCACUAAUGAACAUGAUAUGACUCCUGUUGCUGUAGAGGUAUCAUCUUGUGAAGGAAGCCAACCUGUUUCAGACAUUAUGCAAGUAAUUGACACCUCAUUCAACAGUGGAUCAGAUUGUGAGAUAAGUGAUUUUCAGGAGAAUGACAUGGAAACACUAGGUAUGAAUGAUGUCGAUAAGUAUUCUGAUGGUACAUGCAAUGAGAAUGCUUCAUGUAGCAAUGCAUCAGACUGUGAGAUAGGUGAUUCUGUGGAGAAUGACAGGGAAACACUUGGUAUGAAUGAUGUCGAUAAGUAUUCUGAUGGUACAUGCAAUGAGAAUACUUCAUGUAGCAAUGCACCAGAUUGUGAGAUAGGUGAUUCUCAGGAGAAUGACAUGGAAACACUUGGUAUGAAUGAUGUUGAUAAGUAUUCUGAUGGUACAUGCAAUGAGAAUACUUCAUGUAGCAAUGCACCAGAUUGUGAGAUAGGUGGUUCUGUGGAGAAUGACAGGGAAACAUUAGGUAUGAAUGAUGUCGAUAAGUAUUCUGAUGGUACAUGCAAUGAGAAUACUUCAUGUAGCAAUGCACCAGAUUGUGAGAUAGGUGAUUCUCAGGAGAAUGACAUGGAAACACUUGGUAUGAAUGAUGUCGAUAAGUAUUUUAAUGGUACACAUAAUGCAAGUACUUCAUGUAACAGUGCAUCAGAGAUGGAUGAUUCUUUGAAGAAUGGUAAUGAAACACAGGAUAUUGUGCUGAUGGGUAAUGAUGUGUGUUCGAAUAGUAUAAGCGAUACAAAUACUUUAUUUUUUGAAAAAGAAUUGGUGAUUCCAUUGGAAAUUCAUAGUUCUCUAGACAAGAAACUUAAGAAUGUGGAUAAUGAAGUAUGCUUUGAUGGUCAUUGCUCUGAGGAUGAGCCAGAAGCACAAACAACUAAACAAUAUUUGAAGAUGCAACCUUUAAGUUCACAGUGUUGUUGCGAGAGCAGUUGCUCACUUGAAUUGAGAAACUUUGAACAGAAGAACGAUACAAUCCACCUUGUUUCCAAGCGUAGCGAUCUCAACAAACGAAACGACGAUUCCACUCAUGCUGAAAUGAAAAGAAAUGCUGUCUUGAACGGGGAAACGGCGUCUGCAAAUAUUCGACCCACUUCAUUUUUUGAGCACAGCUUGCCUUCGAUUUCAUAUUUUGAAGAAGUAAUUGUGAAUGAAGAAGCAGCUUCUAUUAAUGUUCAACUCUCUCCAACAUUCGAACCGCUUUACUCAUUGCCUUCGAUUUCAAAUUUUGAAGAAGAUAUUGCAAAUGAAGAAACAAAUGUUAAGUUCUCUCCAACAUAUGAACCACCGAAACCUUUGUCGUCCUUUUCGACCAAAACCUUUUGUCGUCCUUUUAUUGCGAGGGAAGAAGCAGAUCCUGUUAAUGAUCUACUCUCUCCGAAUUUCGCACCCUCGAAACCGAUAUCUUCGUUUUCAAAUUUUGGCGAAGACAGGGCCAAUGCUUUUAUGCUGGCCAUUUUAAACAAGAGAAGAUAGAAGAAGACUCAGUUGAGCAAUCCAACUUUUCUCUUGAAUCAUCGGAGCCAAUGCGUGUUGACAACGCAUGCCGAAAACUCGCCUCUGAAGUUUUCGCCGUGUUAAGAGGAGCGGAUAAUCUUGCGUCAAGUGAUAAGCCAUGGAGGAAAAAUUCAACUUUCGUUUCAUGUGGCUGCGAUUUGUGUAGUUUGCUGUUCGUGCCUAAUGAACGUUUGGUAUCUGAUGAAAAACUCAACGAUUAUGAGAUGGCAGGUCAAUUAGUAGAAAUGUCAGACUCGAAAGAUAUUUUUUGUCAGUGUGACAGUCCUGAAAAGAUCUUUUUGUCGUCAAAGCGUUUCGAUUUCGAAGAAGACGUCUGCAAAUGCGACAUAUUUCAGAUAAAAGCAGAAAAGGUUUAAUUUUAAGAAUGCUGCUGGUCUAAUUGUUCUCACUUAAAUGAUUAAACUAUCAACUUUGUG